AUACCCGUUUCGCUGAGCGUUUUUGCGAGAUAAGAGUGGUUCCAAUCAGUAUGCAUUUGUAUGCACUCGCGAGUGGACAGUGUGGAUUUUAACGGAAAGGAGGAUUUUACCCUGUUAUUCCAGAAUUUUCUUUUUUUUCCUCUCUCAUUGAUGCUUGUGCAUAGUCAGUGGUAUAGCUAGCUACAGCAGGUGAGACCGCGGCCGCUCCUUUGGAUUCGGGUGGAAAUGGCGAGCGAGAAACCGGUUUCAGCACCGGGUUCGGUAUCGCUCUCGGACCGAGAACCACCCUCAGGUCAUGGGCAACAAGGGGCAUCUGGCUCUGGUACUGGUGAAAUGAUGGUAUCGGGUUCGGGCUCGAUGGUCCUGCCGGCCGGGGUGAUCAAUCCCUCGGUUCCGAUCCGGAAUAUCAAGAUGAAAUUCGCCGUUCUCAUCGGUCUGAUCCAGGUCGGGGAGGUUAGCAACAGAGACAUUGUCGAGACGGUUCUCAAUCUGCUGGUGGGUGGCGAGUUUGACCUGGAGAUGAACUUCAUCAUCCAGGACGCGGAGAGCAUCGCCUGCAUGGUGGAGCUCCUGGAGCACUGUGAUGUGACCUGCCAGGCGGAGAUCUGGAGCAUGUUCACGGCCAUUCUGCGCAAGAGCGUGCGGAACCUGCAGACCAGCACCGAGGUGGGCCUCAUCCAGCAGGUGCUGCUCAAGAUGAGCUCCGUGGAUGACAUGAUCGCAGAUCUGCUGGUGGACAUGCUGGGAGUGAUGGCCAGCUACAGCAUCACGGUCAAGGAGCUGAAGCUGCUCUUCAGCAUGCUACGAGGGGAAAACGGCGUGUGGCCCAGGCAUGCGGUCAAGCUGCUGUCGGUGCUCAAUCAGAUGCCCCAAAGACACGGCCCUGACACCUUCUUCAACUUCCCAGGACGCAGCGCCGCCGCCAUUGCUUUACCUCCCAUUGCUAAGUGGCCUUAUCAGAAUGGUUUUACUCUCAACACCUGGUUCCGAAUGGAUCCCCUGAACAAUAUCAACGUAGACAAGGACAAACCAUAUCUUUACUGCUUUCGCACUAGCAAAGGAGUUGGGUACUCUGCACAUUUUGUGGGCAACUGCUUGAUAGUGACAUCACUGAAGUCCAAGGGCAAAGGGUUCCAGCACUGUGUGAAGUACGACUUCCAGCCUCGGAAGUGGUACAUGAUCAGUAUCGUUCACAUUUACAACCGAUGGAGGAACAGUGAGAUCCGGUGCUAUGUCAACGGUCAGCUGGUUUCCUACGGCGACAUGGCGUGGCACGUCAACACCAAUGAUAGUUAUGAUAAAUGCUUUCUGGGGUCUUCGGAGACGGCGGACGCUAACAGAGUGUUCUGCGGACAGCUAGGAGCCAUCUACGUGUUCAGUGAAGCGCUGAAUCCGGCCCAGAUAUUUGCAAUACAUCAGCUGGGGCCCGGCUACAAGAGCACCUUCAAGUUCAAAUCGGAGAGCGACAUCCACCUGGCUGAGCACCACAAGCAGGUGCUGUACGACGGCAAGCUGGCCAGCAGCAUCUCCUUCACCUACAACGCCAAGGCGACCGACGCCCAGCUCUGCCUGGAGUCAUCACCCAAGGAGAACCCUUCCAUUUUCGUCCACUCGCCCCACGCCCUCAUGCUGCAGGAUGUGAAGGCCAUCGUCACGCACUCCAUCCACAGUGCCAUCCACUCCAUCGGGGGCAUCCAGGUGCUGUUCCCCCUCUUCGCCCAGCUGGACUACCACCAGCAGAACGACAGCCAGGUGGAGACCACCGUGUGUGCCACACUCCUGGCCUUCCUGGUGGAGCUGCUCAAGAGUUCAGUGGCCAUGCAGGAGCAGAUGCUCGGAGGAAAGGGCUUCCUGGUGAUUGGCUAUCUCCUGGAAAAGUCAUCUAGGGUCCACAUCACCAGGGCAGUGCUGGAGCAGUUCCUGUCCUUCGCCAAGUACCUGGACGGCCUGACCCAUGGGGCACCCCUGCUGAAGCAGCUGUGUGACCACAUCCUGUUCAACGCGGCCAUCUGGAUCCACACGCCCGCCAAGGUGCAGCUGUCCCUGUACACAUACCUGUCGGCGGAGUUCAUCGGCACGGCCACCAUCUACACCACCAUCCGGCGGGUGGGGACUGUGCUGCAGCUCAUGCACACUCUCAAGUACUACUACUGGGCCAUCAACCCUGUGGACAGCAGCGGCAUCACCCCCAAAGGCCUGGAUGGACCCCGGCCGUCUCAGAAGGAGAUCAUAUCCCUGCGCGCCUUCAUGCUGCUCUUCCUCAAGCAGCUCAUCCUCAAGGAUCGAGGGGUGAAGGAGGAUGAACUGCAAAGCAUCUUGAACUACCUAUUAACAAUGCAUGAGGACGAGAACAUCCAUGAUGUGUUGCAGCUCCUCGUCGCUCUCAUGUCUGAACAUCCCGCCUCCAUGAUCCCAGCCUUCGACCAGAGGAACGGGAUACGGGUCAUCUACAAACUGCUGGCAUCUAAGAGCGAGAGCAUUCGGGUUCAAGCACUCAAGGUCCUGGGCUAUUUCCUUAAGCACCUGGGUCACAAGAGGAAGGUGGAGAUCAUGCACACACACAGCCUCUUCACGCUCCUGGGAGAGAGGCUGAUGCUGCACACCAAUACUGUGACUGUCACCAGCUACAACACGCUGUACGAGAUUCUGACAGAGCAGGUGUGCACGCAGGUGGUGCACAAGCCCCAUCCGGAACCAGACUCCACGGUCAAGAUCCAGAAUCCAAUGAUUCUUAAGGUGGUGGCCACUCUGCUGAAAAACUCCACACCCAGCGCGGAGCUGAUGGAGGUUCGCCGUCUCUUCCUAUCAGACAUGAUCAAGCUAUUCAGCAACAGCCGGGAGAACAGGCGGUGUUUGCUCCAGUGUUCUGUGUGGCAGGACUGGAUGUUCUCGCUGGGGUACAUCAACCCCAAGAACUCGGAGGAGCAGAAGAUCACAGAGAUGGUCUACAACAUCUUUCGCAUCCUCCUCUACCACGCCAUCAAGUACGAGUGGGGGGGCUGGCGUGUCUGGGUGGACACGCUCUCCAUAGCACACUCUAAGGUGACAUACGAGGCCCAUAAGGAGUACCUGGCGAAGAUGUAUGAGGAGUACCAGAGGCAGGAGGAAGAGAACAUCAAGAAGGGGAAGAAGGGUCUGGUGAGCACCAUCUCGGGCCUGUCCGCCCAGGCCUCGGCCAUCAAGGGCGCCAUCGAGAUCCGCGAGAUCGACGACAACUCCCAGACGCAGACGCCCGAGAGCGAGGCCGACUACUCAGAGAGCGCCGACUCGCGCAACCUGCUGGCGGAGGUGAAGGGCCCCGAGGAGGCGCUGGGAGGGGCGGAGCGGACGGUCGCCGGGGUGCGGGUGGAGGUGCACGACCUGCUGGUGGACAUCAAGGCGGAGAAGGUGGAGGCCACCGAGGUGAAGCUGGACGACAUGGACCUGUCCCCGGAGACGCUGGGCGUUGCAGAGAACGGGGCGCUGGUGGAGGUUGACUCGCUGCUGGACAAUGUCUACUGCGCCGCCGUGGAGAAGCUCAACGGCAAUGUCAACGGCACGCUGGCGCCCAAGGAGAGCACUGAGGACAAGAACACGGGCCCACUCAUCACGCUGGCCGACGAGAAGGACAGCGUGCCCAGUGGCAGCAGCUUCCUGUUCGGGAAGGUGGGUGGCGGCCCCGACGACAAGCUGCUGCCCAAGCUGACGCCCGCCGAGCCGCUGGUGCUGCCCAGCCCCGAGCCCCAGGUCCACACCAGCGCCAGCGACGACCUGGGCCUGCUGGCGCACAUGACAGGCAGCUCCGACCUGGCCUCGCCCCCCAGCAUCCUGGAGGACAGCGAGUUCAAGCUGCAGACGGCACUGGAGGACAUCAGCGCCAUCGCUGAGGCCGAGUCUACCGCCACCGCGGCCCCCAAGGGCAUCGAGUGUGGCGAGGAGGGCGCUGUGGGCCCCGACGGAGACCCCUCCGCCGCCAAGAUGGGGGGCGGCGCCGACGCCGCCAGCACCAUCUCCGACACGGAGCGGUCCGAUGACGGCAAGGACAAGGAGAUCAAGAAGAUCCAGACCACUGCCACCACGCAGUCUCUGCACGGGCGCUCUGGCAGUCAGAUGGAGCGGGACCUGCGGGUGGACCUGGGUUUUCGGGGCAUGCCCAUGACGGAGGAGCAGAGGAGGCAGUUCAGCCCGGGCCCGCGCACCACCAUGUUCCGUAUCCCAGAGUUCAAGUGGUCACCCAUGCACCAGCGGCUGCUCACCGACCUGCUCUUCGCCCUGGAGACGGACGUCCACGUCUGGAGGAGCCAUUCAACCAAAUCAGUGAUGGACUUUGUGAACAGCAACGAGAACAUCAUUUUUGUACAUAAUACGAUCCACCUCAUUUCUCAAAUGGUCGACAACAUUAUCAUCGCCUGUGGAGGGAUACUGCCCCUGCUGUCUGCAGCCACCUCUCCUUCUAGUUCUAAGGUUAGUACCCAUGCUACGGAGCUGGAGAACAUCGAGGCGACGCAGGGCAUGUCCUCUGAGACGGCCGUCACCUUCCUCAGCCGCCUCAUGGCCAUGGUGGACGUGCUGGUGUUCGCCAGCUCCCUCAACUUCAGCGAGAUCGAGGCCGAGAAGAACAUGUCCUCCGGGGGACUCAUGCGGCAGUGUCUCAGAUUAGUGUGUUGUGUGGCAGUUAGGAACUGCUUGGAGUGCAGGCAGAGACAGAGGGACAGGACGACCAAGUCCUCCCUCCCUAACAGCAAGACCCAGGAGAACCUGCAGAGUGCACCGUCUGCCAGCAAGACUACCAUAGAGAAUGUCCCCAGUAACCUUUCUCCCAUCAAGGACCCAGACAGGCUUCUGCAGGAUGUGGACAUCAAUCGUCUGCGCGCCGUCGUUUUCCGCGACGUGGACGACAGUAAGCAGGCCCAGUUCCUGGCGCUGGCCGUGGUCUAUUUCAUCUCCGUCCUGAUGGUGUCCAAAUACCGGGACAUCCUGGAGCCCCAGCGCGAGAUAGCCAGGACCAGCAGCCAAUCAGGGAGGAGCAUCCGGCAGGAGAUCAACUCACCCACCAGCACCGAGAACCCCACGGUGUUUGCGGAGAGCGGCAAGGAGAACCCAGCGCCCAUGGAGGACCUGCACAUUGAGAGCUCGCUGCCGCACACGGACUCGGGCAUUGGUGAGGAGCAGGUGUCCAGCGUGCUGAACGGGGCGGACCUGGAGCAGAGCGCGGGUGGGCCAGACGCCAUGAGCGAGCUGCUCUGCACCCUCUCCUCCGAGGUCAAGAAGUCCCAGGAGAGCCUGGCCGAGUCUCCCAGCGUGGAGGUGCUGAAGCCCGCCUCCUCCAUCUCCAGCAUCUCCCAGGGCAACAAGGGCAUCAACGUCAAGGAGAUCCUCAAGAGCCUGGUGGCUACGCCCGUGGAGAGCACUGACGCCGGCCCCGAGCCCUUGCCCUACCCCGACCCAGCCGUCAAAGCGCAGGCCCAGGCAAUCCUGCCCAUGCAGUUUCACUCCUUCGACAGGAGCGUGGUGGUCCCGGUGAAGAAGCCCCCUCCGGGCAGUCUGGCGGUCAACACGGUGGGCAACGCCAGCACCACGGGGGGCCUCGCCUCUGGCAGCACGCCCAACAUCUUCGCCGCUGCCUCAGCCACUCCCAAAAGCAUGAUUAACACUACAGGUGCCACAGACUCUGCCUCCUCCUCAUCCUCCUCUUCCUCCAGCUUUGUCAACGGAGCCACCAGCAAAAACCUGCCGGCCGUGCAGACGGUGGCACCCAUGCCCGAGGACACCGUGGAGAACAUGAGUGCCUUUUGCGAAGUGGACCAGUGUCCACUCCGACCCGGGCUGACACCGCCAGAACUCAAACCCUUUAGCUCCCUGGCAGGAGUCCAGGCAGCCCCCAGAGGUGCAGGCCAGUGUCAUAGUAUCACCACUAAGCUGGAGCGCGCCCUGGAGAAGGUGGCGCCCCUGCUGAGGGAGAUCUUCGUGGACUUUGCCCCCUUCCUGUCGCGCACACUGCUGGGCAGCCAUGGCCAGGAGCUGCUCAUAGAAGGUACAGGUCUGGUGUGUAUGAAGUCCAGCACUUCAGUGGUGGAGCUGGUCAUGCUGCUUUGUUCCCAGGAAUGGCAGAAUUCCAUUCAGAAGAACGCAGGCCUGGCCUUCAUCGAGCUCAUCAACGAGGGAAGGCUCCUGUGUCACGCCAUGAAGGACCACAUCGUGCGUGUGGCCAACGAGGCAGAGUUCAUCCUCAACAGACAGCGGGCCGAGGAUGUGCACAAGCAUGCUGAGUUCGAGUCCAACUGCGCGCAGUAUGCCGCCGACAGGAAGGAAGAGGAGAAGAUGUGUGAUCACCUGAUCAGCGCUGCCAAGCACAGAGACCAUGUGACCGCCAACCAGCUGAAGCAGAAGAUCCUCAACAUCCUGACCAACAAGCACGGGGCCUGGGGGACCCUCUCGCAAAGCCAGCUGCAUGACUUCUGGCGCCUGGACUACUGGGAGGACGACCUUCGGAGGAGGCGGAGAUUCGUACGCAAUGCCUUCGGCUCCACCCACUUGGACAUCACGCUCAAGGCGUUGGAGGACUACGGUACAGAGGAAGACGACGUGGUCAAGUCCAAGAAGGGUUUCCGCAGCCAAUCGGUGGUCAGCCAGAACCCCGAGACGGAGCUGAUGCUGGAGGGAGAUGACGAUGCCGUCAGUCUGCUGCAGGAGAAAGAGAUCGACAAUCUGGCAGGCCCCGUGGUCCUGAGCACCCCGGCUCAGCUCGUGGCCCCCGUCGUCGUAGCUCGAGGGACGCUCUCCAUCACCACAACCGAGAUCUAUUUUGAGGUGGAUGAAGAUGACCCCGCCUUCAAAAAGACUGACGCCAAAGUCUUGGCGUACUCUGAAGGCCUGCACGGGAAAUGGAUGUUCAGCGAGAUCCGCGCUGUCUUCUCCAGACGGUACCUGCUGCAGAACACUGCCCUGGAGGUCUUCAUGGCCAACAGAACCUCUGUCAUGUUCAACUUCCCCGACCAGGCCACCGUCAAGAAGGUGGUCUACAGUUUGCCGCGGGUGGGCGUCGGCACCAGCUAUGGUUUGCCACAGGCCAGGCGGAUCUCGCUGGCCACACCGCGCCAGCUCUUCAAGUCCUCCAACAUGACGCAGCGCUGGCAGAGGCGGGAGAUCUCCAACUUCGAGUACCUGAUGUUCCUCAACACCAUCGCAGGGCGGACCUACAACGACCUGAACCAAUACCCCGUCUUUCCCUGGGUCCUCACCAACUACGAGUCGGAAGAGCUGGACCUCACCCUCCCAGGCAACUUCAGAGACCUCUCGAAGCCUAUCGGAGCACUGAAUCCCAAGCGUGCCGUGUUCUAUGCCGAGCGCUACGAGACUUGGGAGGACGACCAGACGCCCCCCUACCACUACAACUCCCACUACUCCACAUCCAUCUCCACACUGCGCUGGCUCGUCAGGAUAGAACCCUUCACCACCUUCUUCCUCAACGCCAACGACAACAAAUUUGACCACCCUGACCGCACCUUUUCUGCCAUCGCCCGCUCCUGGAGGAACUGCCAGCGAGACACCUCUGACGUCAAGGAGCUGAUCCCCGAGUUCUACUAUCUCCCAGAGAUGUUCGUCAACAGCAAUGGCUACGAUCUCGGGGUGCGGGAUGACCGGACACCUGUGUGCGACGUGGACCUGCCUCCAUGGGCGAAGAAGCCGGAGGACUUUGUUCGGAUAAACAGGAUGGCCCUGGAAAGCGAGUUUGUGUCGUGUCAGCUCCAUCAGUGGAUUGACCUUAUUUUCGGCUACAAGCAGCGAGGCCCGGAGGCGGUGCGCGCCCUCAACGUCUUUCACUACCUGACAUACGAGGGCUCCGUCAACCUGGACAGCAUCACAGACCCCCUGCUGCGAGAGGCUAUGGAGGCGCAGAUUCAGUGCUUUGGACAGACGCCAUCUCAGUUGCUUAUCGAGCCACAUCCGCCACGCAGCUCCGCCAUGCACCUGUGUUUCCUUCCACAGAGUCCUCUCAUGUUCAAGGACCAGAUGCAGCAGGACGUCAUCAUGGUGCUCAAGUUCCCCUCCAACUCUCCCGUCACCCACGUCGCCGCCAACACCCUGCCGCACCUCACCAUCCCCGCCGUGGUCACUGUCACCUGCAGCCGGCUCUUCGCCGUCAACCGCUGGCACAACACUGUUGGUCUCAGGGGAGCUCCAGGAUAUUCACUGGAACAGGCCCAUCACCUUCCCAUCGAGAUGGACCCUCUAAUUGCCAAUAACUCUGGGAUGAAUAAAAGACAAAUCACAGACCUUGUGGACCAGAGCAUCCAGAUCAACACGCACUGUUUUGUGGUGACGGCGGACAACCGCUACAUCUUGGUGUGUGGAUUCUGGGACAAGAGCUUCCGCGUCUAUUCUACUGAGACAGGCAAACUGACCCAGAUCGUGUUCGGACACUGGGACGUGGUGACGUGUCUGGCCCGGUCCGAGUCCUACAUCGGGGGCGACUGCUACAUCGUGUCGGGGUCCAGGGACGCCACGCUGCUGCUGUGGUACUGGAGCGGGCGACACCACAUCAUCGGAGACAAUCCCAACAACAGUGAUUACCCUGCGCCCCGGGCUGUCCUGACCGGUCACGACCAUGAGGUGGUUUGCGUGUCCGUCUGCGCGGAGCUGGGCCUGGUCAUCAGUGGUGCCAAAGAGGGGCCGUGUCUGGUGCACACCAUCACGGGGGAUCUCCUUCGGGCCCUCGAGGGCCCCGACAACUGCCUGUGUCCGCGCCUCAUCUCGGUGUCCAGCGAGGGUCACUGCAUCAUCUGCUACGAGCGUGGCCGCUUCUGCAACUUCAGCAUCAACGGCAAACUGCUGGCUCAGAUGGAGAUCAACGACUCCACCCGGGCCAUCCUCCUGAGCAGCGAUGGGCAGAACCUGGUGACAGGAGGGGACAACGGGGUCGUGGAGGUGUGGCAGGCCUGCGACUUCAAGCAGCUCUACAUCUACCCCGGCUGUGAUGCUGGCAUCCGAGCCAUGGACCUGUCACAUGAUCAAAGGACUCUGAUAACUGGCAUGGCGUCUGGGAGCAUUGUGGCAUUUAACAUUGAUUUUAACCGAUGGCACUAUGAGCACCAGAACAGAUACUGAGAGGAGAACAAGGCACAGCCCCACCCCUGCUCCCUCCCCACCCCCCCAAGCAGGACACAGGCUGAGGGGGACAGCCAAGCAACCAAGAACAAAACAAAACCAGAAGAAAAAAUGAAGAAAAAAAAACACAAAUGCGAAGAGAAAAAAUAUAUAAAUGUAUAAAUAACGAGAGAGAAUCUGAAAGACUUCAGCCUCUGGCCUCUCGGUGAGCAUUCCAUUCCACUUGGCAAUAGCAGCACACCAUAGUCAAACAUUUUCAUAUUGCCAUUUUUGUGUUUGAUUUUGCGUCUGAGCACCAGCUGAGCCACCUUUUACCACAUGAAUCGAUUAGACG